GACAGUCCGUAUCAACCGACGGACUGCGUAACGACGCCUCUUUCUUCUCUGUGUUUGCGUUCAAUGUCGCCCGAACCCUCGCGUCGGCGCGCGCGCGCGUGCGGAACACCGUCGGCGAGCGCCGUUUGUUUUUGCGAAGUGUUUUAGGUGCAGGCCAAAGUGAUCGCAAGCGUGUGAAUUUUUCCCGUGAAUGCACAAUGGCUUUAAUUGCGCAGAGCGACGAGAGAUCGUCGAGCGAGCGACCGGCGUCGAAAUGCGCGCAAUAUGUGGGCGUGCUUGUGGCGACACUCGCCGCGUUCUCGAUCGGCACGUAUUUGUCAUGGACGUCGUCCGCCUUGCCACUUUACAACGCGAACGACACGCUGCCUGUCAGCGAUCAGGAGGGCUCCUGGAUUUCCUGCCUGGUACCCCUCGGCGCCAUUCCGACCGCCAUCCCGGCGGGAAUGCUGGCGGAUAGGUUUGGCCGGAAGAAGACGAUUUGGGCGACGACCGUGCCCUUAUUUUUCUGCUGGUACAUUAUCGGAUUCGCGCGGAGUAAGAUAUGGAUUUUCCUGGCUCGGUUUGUUGCGGGGGCAGCAUGCGGCGCAGCAUCCGUCGUUGUUCCCAUGUUCGCUUCUGAGAUUGCCGAGCAGAGCAUUAGGGGCAUGCUUGGCACCCUUUUUCAAUUGCAGAUUACCGCCGGAAUUCUCUUCGCAUAUGCUACUGCUUUUACUGAUAGCUUGCACGUCAUCGCGAUACUUUGUUCCAUGGCGCCCGCCUUGCUUUUGAUCUCCUUCCCGUUCAUACCGGAAUCACCGGCGUGGCUGGUCAUGCAGGGUCGGAAGAACGAGGCGAAUGACGUGCUAAAACACUUCAGGGGAGUUCACUAUAGCACCGAGACGGAAUUGGCCAGUCUCGAGCUUCAAGCCACGGAAAUGCGACAGGCGAGGCCCAAUAUUUUGGAAUUGAAAAAUUAUCGGAGAGCGAUCUACAUCACACUCGGUCUAAUGUUUUUCCAACAACUCUCCGGCGUCAACUCGCUGAUAUUCUACGCGAAGAGGAUCUUUGACGAUGCGGGCUCAACUCUGAGCUCGUCCACAUCGUCGGUGAUCAUCGGCGUCGUACAAGUGAUUGCCACCUAUUUUUCGACGAUUAUGAUUGAGCGCGCCGGUAGAAAGCUAUUAUUGUUCAUCAGCGCGUCAGUGAUGGCCGUUUGCAUGUUCACGUUGUCGGGGUAUUUUCGUUUUCAGAGCUCGCAUGAUCUCUCGAGCAUCUCCUGGAUCCCUCUGCUCUCGUUCGCGGUAUUCAUCGUGAUUUUCAGCGUCGGCUUCGGUCCCAUACCGUGGUUGAUGGUCGGCGAGUUGUUCACAAACAACGUGAAGAGCGUGGCGAGCGCUGUUACGGCGAUGUGCAACUGGACGCUGGCUUUUCUGGUGACAAAGUGCUUCCAGGACAUGGUGGAUCUCAUGGGAAUCUCCUCGUCAUUUUCCACAUUCGGCAUGAUAAGUUUAAUCGGAACCAUAUUCGUCGCCGCGAUGGUGCCGGAAACGAAGGGCAGAAGCGUCGAAGAGAUUCAGAUCGAGUUGUACGGGACGCAAAUUACGAUCCCGAGGGAGGAAACAGCGGCGAGGGAAGCAUGACGAAACACAACGAAAUAAUCGCUGAAUCGAAGUGCUCAAUUGUAGAAAUAUAUAUGGUUGUGACUCGUUUGUGCAAUCGGGUGUGCAUUAAUACUUAAUCAUGCGUUAAUACUUAAUUAGUCUGAAAGUGCGAUUUUAAAAGAUUAGAUAGAAAGGAAUCUCCACGGGAUCUCCUUUGAUUGACAUAUUAAUUACAGAAAAUAGUUUUUACCCUGAGGGUAAAUUUCAACGAUAU